AUGUCUACCACAGGCUUGCACGUGGCCGAGGACACCUCUUCACACAAGAUGGUAGGAACAAAUCAUAGGCGCAGCCGCACCAAAUUUACAGAAGAUCAGUUGAAAAUCCUCAUCAAUACCUUCAAUCAAAAGCCCUACCCAGGUUGUGCCACCAGACAAAAACUUGCUUUAGAAAUCAACACAGAAGAGUCCAGAAUCCAGAAUUGGUUUCAGAAUCGAAGAGCUAGGUUUGGAUUCCGGAAAAGACCAGGAUCUGAGACUUUAGAAUCAAGCCAGAGCCAUGGGCAAGACCAAUCUGAUACGGAGUUUCAAAGUAGAGAAGCCAGACGGUGUCGUGCCGUGUACGGCACCUUUCAGUUAUGCACUCUCAUUGAGGCAGUUACGAAAAACCCACACCCUGGGAUUCAUUACAGAGAACAGCUUGCUAAGGAAAUUGGUGUUCCAGAGUUAAGAGUCCAAAUUUGGUUCCAAAAUCGAAGAUCUAGAUUUCAUCUCCAGAGAAAAAGGGAACUUGUGUUCUUAGAACCAGAAGACCAGGGCAAGAUUUCUGAGGGACUGCAAGGUGCAGAAGAUACACAAAAUGGCACCAACUUCCCCAGCGACUCUCAUCCCUCUAGAGCCAGAGCAUGGUGAACACGGUCAAGGUUAGCGUACUUUAUAUUAUCAGUUGGGCCCCAAAUCUCUGCAGUCUUGGGGAAGAGUGUUGCCCAGGUGCCAAGGCAAGAGACUGAAGGCACAAUCUGUCCCAGUAUCAUAAAUAACUGAUCACUUAGUUAUAGCAAUGCUACCGGAUAGAUUUGGAAACAAUCACAUAAUCAAUUAUAUAAUCAAUCUUAUUAAAUCAUAAUUCUCUUUUAUUUAUUUAUUUUUUUUGAGAUGGAGGCUUGCUGUUGUUACCCAGACUGGAGUGCAAUGGCACAAUCUCAGCUCACCGC